CGUUAAUCAAAACAAAUUUUUACUGACAGUUGAACAGCUGAUAUUAGCACGCCGUCCGCAAAGAAAUCACAAUAGGUACAUAUAUAUAUAAAAAGUGUGAUACAAAUGUUUGUGCUCGCCGAAUUGAAAGAUACCAUACGAAUAGCACCUGAUCAAUUUCAUUUGAAAUUGGUGGAAGCAAUACGAGACGAAAUCAAUCGAAAAUUAGCAAAUAAAGUGCUAUUAAAUCUUGGUCUCUGUAUUGCUCUCAAAGACAUCGUAUCGCUGAAAGACUCCAUUAUUCUACCUGGUGAUGGAGCAUCACACACCGAAGUGCUUUUUCGCUAUAUCGUUUUUCGUCCUACUAUCGGUAGCAUACUCACAGGUAAAAUACGCAGCUGUAGCCGUGAAGGUGUACACGUGACAUUGGGCUUCUUCGAUGAUAUACUCAUACCACCGUCCGCUUUGCAACAUCCCUCACGUUUUGAGGAAGCCGAACAGGCUUGGGUAUGGGAAUACCCACUUGAAGAUGGUGCCAAGCAUGAUUUAUUCAUGGAUAUAGGAGAACCUAUUAAAUUUCGGGUAUCACGUGAAAUUUUCGAAGAAAGUUCACCAAUAGGACCACCCAAGGCAGAUACACAGCAAGCCAGUAGCUCAGCAGCGGCGACGGCGGCAGUAGCCGCUUCCACACAGCAAACUGAAGUAAAGACACCCUAUAGAAUAGUGGCGGCAAUUAAUGAAUCUGGUCUAGGCGUGUUGUCUUGGUGGGAUCAACAAAAUCAGGUUGGAGAAGAAGGUGACGAAAAUGAAGAUGAAGACAAUGCGGAAUAUGAAAAUGACGAAGAUGGCGAAGGCGCAUAUGAAGAAUGAAAUAAAUAUUUUUACAUAAAAGAUCAAAAAA